AUGAUUAGAGUAAUUCAACCACCGUUGAUUGCAUCUAAACAAUUAUUCCGUCGUUAUUUAGCUACUGGUGGCACAUUCACCAACAAAACGUCGCAACUAGACAGGGCUACAUUAACAAUUAAAGAUGGUCCAGUUUUCAGUGGUUAUUCAUUUGGUGCUAACAAAAAUAUAAGUGGUGAAGCAGUUUUUACAACUUCGUUAGUUGGAUACCCAGAAUCAAUGACAGAUCCAUCUUACAAGGGUCAAAUCUUGUGUUUUACCCAGCCAUUAAUUGGUAAUUAUGGGGUUCCAUCGUCGACUCUUAAAGAUGAAUUUAACUUAUUGAAGCACAUGGAAUCGCCAAGUGUUCAAUGUAUUGGUAUAGUUGUUGCUGAUGUUGCAUUAGAGUAUUCUCAUUGGACUGCUGUCGAAUCUUUACAACAAUGGUGUCAAAGAUCUGGUGUAGCUGCCAUUUCUGGUGUUGAUACCAGACAACUUGUUUCUUACCUUAGAGAAAAGGGGUCUUCUUUGGCUAAGAUUACGAUUGGCGAAGAAUACGAUGCAGAUGAGGAUGCCGCAUUUGAAGAUCCUGGGUCUGUCAACUUGGUGCAUAAGGUAAGUACUAAAGCUCCUUUCCAUAUCAGCUGUCCAGAAAAGUAUGCCAAGGGUCUUCAUAUUGCAGUUUUAGAUUGUGGUGCUAAAGAAAAUAUUUUACGUUGUUUAGUCGAAAGAGGAGCAUCAUUAACUGUUUUCCCUUAUAAUUAUCCAAUCGAUAAAAUCGCUAACAAAUUUGAUGGUAUCUUUAUUUCCAAUGGUCCAGGUGACCCAACCCAUUGUUCAAGUACCACUGAAAAUUUAGCAAAGACUAUGGAAAAAUACCAUGAUUUGCCUAUCUUUGGUAUAUGUUUAGGUCAUCAAUUAUUAGCUUUAGCAAGUGGUGCUAGAACCAUCAAGAUGAAAUAUGGUAACAGAGCCCACAAUAUUCCUGCCUUGGACUUAACUACUGGUAAAUGUCAUAUUACUUCCCAAAAUCAUGGUUACUCUGUUGACGCUGAAACAUUAGACUCUGACUGGGAACCAUAUUUCACAAACUUGAAUGAUUUAUCCAAUGAAGGUAUGAAACAUAAGUCAAGGCCUAUUUUCUCAACUCAAUUCCAUCCUGAAGCCAAGGGUGGUCCAUUAGAUACCGCAUUCUUAUUCGACAAAUUCUUCGAAAACAUUGAACAAUACAGAGCUACUAAUGGCUUAAACUUAGGUAACGUUGAUGAUAGCUUAUUGGUAGAUAUUUUACCAAAGGGAAGAGUGCUUUAA